AAAACUGCAGGCAGACCGUUAUUCAAAUCCUUAUCAAGCACAUUGUCUGUUUUCCGGCACACCAAAAUAAUUCGGAAAUUUUACGAUUUUUGCCUGUUUUUAGUGCUUUCCGUCCUGUGAAAAGAUGUUCAAGAAGCAAAAGGUUAACCAAGAAGUCGCCAAAGACAAAGCAGAUUGUAUCUGUUACCGCAAUGUCGGGACUGUUAUUUGCUUGGUGUGCGAUCAAACCUUUAAAGGUCGCGUCAUCAAGCCUUGCAAAAUCCACAAGAAUCUCACUUUCUUGUACGAUCGUUCGUCUUGCCCGACCUGCCGAGCUGAUUUGAGCAAUUUGAAGGAAAUUCCGAUUGAUUUCAAGGAUUUCAUGGCAAACAACAACAAUAACAAUUAAUUAGUACCUAAGAAAGUUCAUGUUGACUUAAACUUGAAGAAUGCCGAUGAACGGCUCAAGUUAUUCUGAAAAGAUGAAAAUAUUUUAUUGAGGUCCAAUCAAUAUUUGUAACAAAUAUACGUACUUUGAAGUAACUUAA